CACAUCCCGACUCAGGCUCGGACUCGGAGUCACAGCUGUCUGCUCUGAGUGAGGCCUCGGUCCCUGACACUGACAUGGAGCCCCACUUUGCACGAAAGCCCCUUCACCGCAGCCACAUGGGCGAUGAGAAGCACCAGAUGCUGAACCUGAACGGACGCCUGGAGACCUACCUGAGUCGGGUCAAACACCUGGAGGAGGAGAACCUGAUGCUCGCAGAGGAGAUUGGAGUUCUGAGACACAGCAACCACGGAGCUUCCAGUCGCAGGAAGGGCUUAGAGGAAGAGCUGCAGCGGGCAAGACUGGAGCUGGACGCCGCCUGGAGGGACAGGGCCCACACGGAGAAGGAGGUCGGCAGGCUGGCCGAGGAGUUUGAGUUCCUGGAGCUGCAGAGGCAGAGGGAGGCUCAAGCUCACAUCAAGGCCAAGACGCUGCUGGAGCAAAGCAGGAAGGAGCUGGACGAGGAGCAGAGGGCGAAGAUGUGGCUGAGAGAUCAGGUCAGUCAGCUGGAGCACGAGAUGAGUCACCUCAUUCAAACCCAUCGGGAGGAUGUGGCCCACAUGGAGGCCACAUUGAUCCAUUCCAGAGCCUCGAGGCCCCCCAUGGCUCAGAGGGGCAACCAGACACCCAACCUCCUCCAGCUGGGGCAGGAGUACUCCCAGAGGGCCACCAGGGCCUGGCAGGAGGCCGCUGAGAUCUAUCAGGACCAGUUGGCUCAGCUGGAGGAGUCACUCGACCAGGCCAGGGCCCGUUUGACCCGAGUGGCCCAGGAGAAGAGCGAGAGUCAACUGAGGCUCCGAGCCCUGGAGAAGGAGAUGGACUCACAUCAGGACGUCCGGCUGCAUCUGGAGAAGACUGCAGCUCAGCAGAGAGACAGACACAACCAGGAGAUCCAGCAGCUGCAGGCGCACUUGGAGGAGCUGGAGGCGGAGAGGGAGGAUCUGGGCCGACGGAUCGAGCGUCUCCUCCAGGAGAAUCGAGGCCUGCUGCAGAUGAAGAUGUCUCUGGGUCUGGAGGUGUCAACGUACAGAGCUCUGCUGGACAGUGAGAUCCUCAAGGGGGACAAGUGUCUGUCAAACCCAUCGAGAGACGUUUCCUUCACAGAAGCAGCGUUCUGUCCUCGAGGGGUGAACAAGACGUACCGACCUCAGCAGCCUGCUUCCUUCUCAUCUCUCUAUGUUCGAACAGCUCCACCUGCAGCUCCACUGUGCAGCAGGAAACCCACAACCUUCAGUGGAACCCAAAAGAUGUCAAUGAAACCUGCAGGUGUAGAUGCAGCCAAGUCAGAAACGUGGGAAACCCCUUAUCCCAAAAUACUGCAGGACGGGGCUGUGGAAAGUUUCCGUCCUCAGGAGGUUCAGGAGAAAGUCACUUACGCUGAGCCGCUGUCGCCUCCUAAUGAGCAGGAGGUGUGUGCUCCACUGAGAGAAGGAGGAGGAGGAGGAGAAGGAGGAGGAGGAGGAGGAGGAGGAGGAGAGGAUGAUGAACCAGUGGAGUCAACUGUCAGUUGUCAGGUUGAGUCGAGCCUCCACAGGGAGCCGGCCUUCAGUGAUGAAGUUAGCCUCCAUCAGUUUACAGCUCCUGACUUUACACCACAUGGGGUCAGAGUCACAGAGAAGCUCAGUGACGUCUCAGCUGAACCCGAGGAAGGUCCUGCAGAAGAAGAAGACGCUCCAGCUGAUGCACUGGGAGGGAAAGAGUGUAUCAGUGAAGAAGUGGAGGAUGUGGAAGAGGAGAUCUCAGAUUCAGAAACUGUAGAAGAGGUUGAACCAGCCUUUGAAUCCAGAAGGAGAGCGUCUGAAUGUGAGGCUGCAGAAAGUGUCUUUAACCAGUUUACAGACUUCAGCCGAUAUGAAAACAGCUCAGAGGACGAAGCUGCUGAGAUAAGAGAAGAAAUCAUCCGUUCUGUGUCGGGAGCGAAGGAGACGGAUGUUGAGGAGAAGUUGUUGUACCCUGACGGAGAAGAGAUGGACACGUGGGACAGUGUCAUCGAGAGGAAGAUCGAUAUGAAGACAGAUGACGACAUAAGACAGGAUGAAGCAAAAAGACAACAUGCUGAGCCAGAGGACAUAUCGGCUGGAGAUCCAGAGCAUGACAAGAGAGGGACUAUCCAGGGAGUCACCACAGACGCACAAAAAGACGACAACGUGGCUGCUCCAGGGACAGACACACAAGUAGAUGAUGAACACGGACCAGGCCCUGCCGAUGAAGAAGAUGAUGAAGAGGAAGACUCUCAAAAUGUCUCGGUGUCAUGGAGGACCGAGCUAGAGAGCGACAGCUACGCUCAGGACAACACCCUCGCUGACACUCGACCUCUGAUCCGAUACAAAAGCGACGAGACCGACGUCAACACUCCGGUUACACACAUGGACGAGAGCGAGUCCAGUGAAGGGGACCAGGACAAGAGGCUCGGGGAGACAGGAAGUGGAGCGUGGAGCGAAGGCAAGUCCAGGAGAUACGGGACGAUGGAGGAUCUGUGUGAGGAAGUGGAAGAGGAAGUACUGGAUGAGGAAUAUGAUCUGGGAUACCAGACAUCGAGGAAAGAUACAGAACGUGUAGAAGAAAUGAACAAGGACGUCCAUGAGGAACAUUCAGAUGAAGAGACCGAAGAAUUAAAGAAACCUGCGACACCCGUGAGUGUGGAGUACGAUGAGGAGUUAGAGACCGACCGGCUGGUGGAGCAGGAACUAGAGAGUCUGUCCACCGACAGCUUCAGCUCUCACUUCGCACAGCAGCAGGUCGGAGACGAGAAGAUUCCUACAGAAGCUGGAGAAACCAAACCAGACAGCGAGUCUCUCUGGGAGGAAUCUGGAGCGACCACAAGCGGCCCACUUGCAUUUCCAAACACUUCUCUAGAUUACCCAGAGGAGAAGCCGUAUGGCCAACGCAAAGAUGAAGAGGGUACGACUGUUCCAGAGAAGAGAGAGGAGGAAGAACACAACCAGUCCAUGGUGACACAUCCUGAGGUAUCUGAGCAUUUCCAGACCUUCAGUGACUUCAUCAACGGGCUGGAGGUGGAACCAAUCAGCAGCUCAGACACUCAGGACGUGACCACUGAUGUGAAACCUGCAGAUCCUCAGGAACAUCUGGAGGCUGUCGACUGUCCUGAUGUUCCAGAAACUGGCGAAUGGGAAAUCCUGGAAAGCCCGAGCGAGGACCCAGACAUCAGAGCUGAAGGUCGCCUCCAUGAUGACGGAGGCUCUGGCGAAGGGGCUGUGACCCAUGAAGAGGAGCACCUGGAGAUCCCCCCCCACAGCGUCCCUGAGGAAGCCGAGAUCUUUGAGGCGAAGGACUCGACCGAACUAUUGAACACUAACAGAAAAGACAACAACCUCCCUGGUGUCUUCAGCUCCAGUGUGAAGACCGACUUCUGGACCUCCUCCUCAGAGGUUGGUGCCACCUAUCAACCAGAUGACGCCUGUACUGAACAAACCAAUCAGAAUCUAGGGUUUGGCGAGAGCCCAGUUUGGGGGAUGUCGGACAACAGGAUAAACGGGAACUCGCUGGCAGCUGAGAAAGGGCAGGAGCAGAAGUCUGAUGUGAAGCAGGUGAUGAGUAGAAAGGUGGAAGUGGAGUUUGUUCAUUCUGAGGAGUCGGAGGUUGAGGGCGAAUCCUGGUCCUCUGGGGAGGAGCAGGAAUAAAGAGGUAGUGAGAAGAUCUGUUUAAACCAGUUUGAAGCUGUUUUCAGACCCGAUGGAGUCUCGAAGGCAGCAGGAGAUUCUCUGGACAGUCGCGGUCCUGAUAGCAACUGACCGGGACAUCAACGUUCUCACCACCAGCCCCUCAGGAGAAUGUCAGGAGAAUAGCUGAACGCAGCUUGAGUUGAAAGAAGAUUAUGUUUUCUGUUUGAUUUGUUUACUACAAAAACCAAAGUCGUGCCUUGGUGCCUCAGCGACGCUAACCACCGAUGUGCCAACUGACCGAGCUCCGGUUCUGUUUCCCUAAACGCUCAUCUGUUUUUAUUGCUGAUUGUUC